ACCAGAAACCCCGCCCACACCAACAAAUCCAUAACUUCGAAGAGGGAAGUAGGACAAGGCGAUGUAUUUCUUAAUUUUACAUGCUCUUUAAACAUAAUCGAUAGUCUGUGUUUAAAUGUACUAAUAUGCGAUUUCAGACACCUACAGUUUAGGGCUUCAUACUAGGAUAAACUUGACUUCACUUGGCUCGACAUCAUUCCAACUUGUAUGGCACUGGCUUCUUUGGAGCCACUGUUCACCAUGAGUCUGAUCUUACAGCUGAGCCUGUUUCUCAUCAGCACUGGAUUCACAGCAGCUAAUGAAUCUAAUGAACCUUCACUGGAUCUGGAAUGCCUGAAUGACUAUGACACAGAGAUGGUUUGCCGUUUGAGUUCAGAAAAACUCAACAACUGCCCCGAAUACAAGCUCAAUAUAUCCCUAAUGACAAUUGAUGAAGUGUUUACAUGCAGCUUUGUUCAUGUCAUUCCCAAUUUCUGUGAAUGCAAAUUCCAAAUACAAGGCUUUGUUCUUGAGAGUUUUGAGGCUAACCUGUGGAGAGGAGAAAAGACGUUGCUGUUUAAGGAGAUCGAUAUUGGAAAAAGCAUCAAACCCAAACGGCCAACCAUCGUAUCAGUCAUGCUGACAGAAAAUGGAAACUUUCGUAUUACCUGGGACACCAACUACACAUCACCUCUUCAAAAACCAUUUUCUGAUAGUCUGAGUACGGAGCUCACCUACGGUGUUAAAGGAGGCGAAGUCAAUUCCACACAGGUGAUAUCUUUGGAAAAAGGACGAACUGAAUAUGAGAUUGUGGGUAGAAACCUUCAGCCCAACUCCGAUUAUGUCGUGAUGGCAAGAGUGAGCACAGACUACAACCAGAAUUCGAGGUUCAGCGACUAUAGUCAACCAUAUGAGUUUGAAACACCCAUAUUUAUACGGGAUAUUCUCAAGAUACUAAUUCCCAUCUUGUGUGUCAGUCUGAUCAUCUUCAUAUCCACUCUUUUCUACUGUUACAUCAAAAUCAUAAAACAGUGGUGGGACAAGAUUCCUAUUCCGAAAAUAGCUCCGAUUUUUGAAAAACCGGUUCCACAUUUGUCAUCAUUUGGAAGUGACUUCUCCCCUGUCUAUCUUGAAACUUCAAAACUGGCCCCCUUUAAGGAUAAGAUGUGGAUAUCAACUGCUCAAGUAGGUGUCAGUUGUGAAGACAGUCUCCAGAGUCUUGGAAAAAGUGGCAAUUCCUCUCAGGUGAUUUAUGCCCAAACAGUCUCUGAGGAUGCGGAAGACAACGUCAAUGGAAUUGAAGCUCAGUGCGAACUGCUUGAGGAAUAUAAAUCAGCAAACCGAGUGCAAUCAAACAGAGCCAACAUUGAUAUCCAAAGGGAAUCUGGGAAUAGCUCCGGCUCGUCCUUCAGCAACAAGUGCUAUUUGGGAUCAGACUCCAGUGGGUCCUCCUUUCUGAACCAGUCUAUUACACACACAGCCUAUCCCUCUAAUGAGAGUGAGAAUUCAUUCUCUGCUUUGUCCAAAAACCUGGAUCCAGUGAUACCGACAGACUUUGACUACGGUCCGUGUAACGGCUGUUCAGUGUCAGUGGACUCGACCCAGUUCAUGCCUCUCAGCACGGAGACUGUUGUGGUUCCUGGAUAUCAGAGCGUGAAUGAGCUCCUGGACCACGGAAACAAACCAGAAGACCAAGCAUUUAUCAGCUAUCACAAUGAUAUUAAUCUGAUCAUGGCAAAGACUAUUCCAAAGAAUCCACAAAGCGUACCUUCACCUGCCGAUGACAACAUGAUUAUCCCAGUUGAUGAUAGUUAUCAGUCGUUUCCAAGCUUGGACCAAAACACAUGGAGCACUGAACUGGAACAGAACAUCGCCCAGGCUGUAGCUCAGACAGCCUGCCAUAACAUGAGCUGUGUCAGUCAGCAGGUACUUGCACCGUCAUUGAAAGGUCCUUGCGGUCCUGUUUUGAAUAUUUCUCCAGGCAUUCAAAUCGACUGUUCUUAUCAAAGGGUGUGACAUCACAGCUCAAAAUAAAACAUAAUAAAUUGUAUGUACAAUACACUGUAAUAUAGAAUAUGAAUAUAAUACAAAAAAGAAUACUUACGCACUUUCUAUUAAGCACUGCUGUUUACAUUCGUAUGCAAAGGUUGAUUUUCUAAACGAAAAUAAGUUAAUACAUCUACAGGGAACAAUAUGGCAUUUUUCUGUCAAUUAUAGUGCACAAUUUCUGUUUACUUCUGUUUACAGUUUGACAUAUUAUAGAAAAAAAUAAAACAUAGAUUAUAAACUGUAUAUAUGUUUGUAUCUCAUAACAUUUGUACAGGCCACAUUUUAUGUUUUCCAUUAUGCUAAAUUCAGCGAAUAAACAGUAAUUGUGGAUCAGCCAAACAUGUCAUUCAACCAGGGGUGCCCAACAUUUUGCAUACUACUAUAUACUGAAAGGUGUCUUAUGUGGAGAUUCUUAUGUACAUUCUUCCUAAUACAUUCCUAUGCACCUCGAUAAAUAGACAUGCACAAAUACGUGAAGUCUAUGAGUUAAAGCUGUAAAUUCAUCAAAUAUAUGAUUCUUGAAGGGAACAGAUUAGAUAUCUCUUUUGCCAAACAUGACUAUUAUAUGAAAAUAUAAGAAUAAAAUAUAGCAACAAUAAGAGGGCAUUUCACUGUACUGUUUACAUGCAGUACCACUGUAAACAACACACUUGCCUGAAAUGAUACUGUAUAUGACAGAGCUGGUGACUGCGUUAUACUAUAACUGUUGUCACAGUCUGUUUAGUUUACACAAGUCUGGAGAGUCAUUUCUGUGAAUGUUAUCCUACUAAAUAAGAAAUGAUGCCGUGUAUGAGACUAUGUACACUAUAUACGAAGUGGGUUGUCAUGUACCUUAUAUGUUAUCAUGCACUUCACAGCUCUUUAUAAAGGAAAGGCAUUAAAAAGCUUUUUAUUGCUUA